UUACUAGAAAGAUCUAUUCCCCAAAAGCACAAAAAGGUUAAGAGCCAAGAGCAAGCAGCCCGCCAAACAAACCCCAACAAGCCUCUGCCUUUCUUUUGUUUGUUGUCUGUGCAAGAAACCCAAAGCCUAAUCGAACAAGAUGAGUACUAUGAAAUUUUGCCGUGAAUGCAACAACAUUCUCUACCCGAAAGAAGAUAGAGAACAGAAGAUUCUCCUCUACGCCUGCCGCAACUGCGAUCACCAGGAGGUGGCUGAGAACAACUGUGUGUAUAGAAAUGAGGUGCAUCACUCUGCUGGGGAGCGCACUCAAAUAUUGCAGGAUGUAGCUGCUGAUCCAACGCUUCCUAGGACUAAGUCCGUCAUUUGUGCAAACUGUAAACAUGGAGAAGCUGUCUUCUUCCAGGCAACUGCUCGAGGGGAGGAAGGUAUGACACUGUUUUUCGUGUGCUGUAAUCCAAACUGUGGACAUCGGUGGAGAGAUUGAGAUCUAGUUACUCAUGAGUUGAUGCUCACAGCUGCGCAAUGUAAUGUUUGUUUUUACAAACUUUAUUUACCAAAGACUUCUUGUGGUACUGUAAUACAAGGAGCUUGCACAGCUAUUUUCCUAGUGAUUCAUAUUUUCUAACACAUUCAUUAUAACUUUACUGUUCACAACUUUAGAUUAUCACAAGGUAGGGUUGUGAAAAUCAUGCCAGACUCUGAGUCCAUGGACCAAUAUACGAUGAGAUUUGUCUCAUCUAGAUUCUAGUA